UGGUUCUGAAGGGGAAGUUGCGAGAGAAAAAAAGGAGGAGACUUGAUCGGGGUUGGUAAAAUUCCCAUUAACCGACCCCAAUAAUAAGGAGAACCUCUCUUAAAUUUUAGCACCCCUUCGUCGGAAAUCAGUUUUCGCAACAUAUCGGCUGGCAUUCAGGAAAGAACAGGAAGAGGUCAUCUGUGUCUAUAAGCAACGUGAAAAUACUCUUUUUCAUUUCUCUUUUUUUUUUGAUAACGUUCUGUGCCACGCAGCCAGUACUGGAACAGCUUUCGGUGAGCGUGUGACCACCUAAAGGAGACUGGGUGAUUGACAACUGUCAUGGCCAAUAGGGGAGGAGCAACACGCCCCAACGGGUCCAACGCGGGCAAUAAGAUCUGCCAGUUUAAACUGGUCUUGCUAGGAGAGUCUGCUGUGGGAAAGUCCAGCCUUGUACUGCGCUUCGUCAAGGGGCAGUUUCACGAGUUUCAGGAAAGCACAAUAGGAGCGGCGUUCCUAACACAGACGGUGUGUCUGGACGACACAACGGUAAAGUUCGAGAUUUGGGACACGGCCGGACAGGAGCGCUACCAUAGUUUGGCGCCCAUGUACUACAGAGGUGCCCAGGCUGCCAUUGUAGUUUAUGAUAUCACCAAUGAGGAGUCAUUUGCAAGAGCAAAGAACUGGGUUAAGGAACUUCAGAGGCAGGCCAGCCCAAACAUUGUUAUUGCUCUGUCUGGAAACAAGGCCGACCUUGCCAACAAGAGAGCUGUGGACUUCCAGGAUGCUCAGUCAUAUGCAGAUGACAACAGUUUGCUUUUUAUGGAGACGUCAGCAAAGACUUCCAUGAAUGUGAAUGAGAUCUUCAUGGCCAUUGCGAAAAAGUUGCCCAAGAGUGAGCCCCAAGCUGCCGGAGCCAACAGUGGGCGGAGUAGGGGCGUGGACCUCACAGAGACAGCCCAACCCGCUAAGGCUCCCUGCUGCAGCAACUAAUGCAAAACAUCCCCCUCAACCACCAAACUCUUGUUACUGCAACAACUAACGCAAGGUCCCGCCCUUCAUCCCGAGUUUGACUAACUAAUGAAAUGCCUCCGCUUUCUUCAUUUCCACAACUCUCUUACGCUGUAACAAAAGCUCUGCCCCGCCCAUGUAUCUGCGGUGUUUUUGUUUAGUUGUUUAUUUCUGUAAAGACCCAGGCCUGUAUUCAUGAUUAAGACAUACUGUAAUAUAUGCUGUCACAAAUAUGCCAUUUUCCUGACCUGGACAUACAGGGUGGGGCUUCCAGAAGAGUUCUUCACCUGCCCUGUCGCUAUUCAGAACUCUGCAGUCAGUCUUUCUUUCUUUUUCUCGGUUCUGUUUCCAUCUUUUUUUAUGAUUUUGUUUUAUAGAAAUGAACUUUAAAGAAUAAUGGAUGCAUGUAUCACUACAAGGCCUAAGAAAGAUAAAUCAAAGUUUUAACUUCAAUGGCACACAUGGUGAGAGAGAGAGAGAGAGAGAGCAUAAGACAUAUUAGCCCCGCCCCUUGCUCCACCUCUUCUUGUUUUUGGCCCGUCCUGAUUCGGGAUGUCCCAGUGGCUCUGUUCAAUGGCAGCCUGCCCACUUCCUGAGGUUGUGCUGCCAAACAACAAGCCCACCUCCUUCUUAAUCUCACACACAGACACACACGCAGACGUAGAUCCAAGAUCCUGCCCCUUUGUUAUUCUCUCACCAGUAAGCGAGCCUUCAUGUUUUUUAAGCAUUAUUGGCACUGUCCUUACAAAUGAGUUGCACUUGCAUACAAUAGCCUACACAAGGACACAUUGUGCAUUUAUUUAGAGAAACGUACACAAUUCUGCAUAUACAAUUAGUAUACGUUCACCUGCACAUAUAUGCACCAGACCGGAUACAUUCAUUAUUUUCUUCUUUGGUUUGUUUCUUACUUCAUGCCUUGCACUAAUUUUUGGUCUUGAUAUUAUCUCAAGUACAGCCAGAGUGAUAUAAAUAUAUAUAAAUAAUUUACUGUAAAUAGGGUGUUGCAAUGUAUUCGUCUUUUCCAUUUACUGUUGCAGGACUAAUGCUUGAUAGGGAGUUAGAUAAUCAUAAAAAAUGUACAGUAACCAGGAAUUGCUUUGAUAGGGGUUUGGAGUUGUUUCUUUUUUCACAAAAUGGUUAAAUUAUAAUCAAUGGUGGUCUUAUAAAAAUGUAUGUAGUGUUAUUAACAAAGAAACUCUUGCUUUUCCUUAGUGGUCUGUAUUGUAAUUUCCAUGCGAAAGCAAAAACAAUGUUUUCAUCACCUGAUAGAACUAACAGUGUAUACAUCAAAGCUUACGAUGGUUCUUCCUCUGCUUGUUCCAGUAUCAAACAACACACCCAGCCACUUUUAACAUUCGCUCAGUCUUUUGCCUUUAGGAUACUGGUACCACAUAAAUUCGCUGCUACAUUCAACUUUUUGUCUUUUUUUGAAGCAUUCCCAUUUGAAUUAAAAAAAUGCAUUUAACUAAAUAUUACUGUUAAUGUAUCAAAUAAAUUUCUUAUAAAUGGUA